UUUUUGGGUCGGAAAUACCUAAAUUUAUUCUGUUGCGUUGUACCUUUUUUCCUUACCAAUCAAAAAGGGAUAUUGCUGUUCAAUAGUGUAUGGAUAAUAUCUGUUGUGCUAUGAAGGAAUUUGUGUAUGGUAGUUACCAAGAAUCAUCUAGAUAUUUCAACAAGUAUUUUGAAUAGACAUUGAUCACCGAGAUUCCAAACUCCAGGUAAAAUAUAUCUAAAAUGUGAUGUUAAUGCAUAUGGUUUUACCCUUUCGUUAUAAUUAACCAUUUUUAUACAUUUUUGACCACUAAUAGAGUAAAUAAGUUAAAUUUAAGUUGCAAUAAUACCAAUUGGCUAACUGUUUAAUUGUAGUUAUCAAGUGUUUAAUAAGAAGAGUGUGAACAGCAAAAGAAACUUGGGCCAUCAUGGCAAAGGUUCAUGUUCAGAAUGUUGUAGUUCUUGACAACCCCUCCAAUUUCUCCAAUCCCUUCCAGUUUGAAAUCACCUUCGAAUGUUUGGAAGAUCUUCAGGAAGAUUUGGAGUGGAAAAUUAUAUAUGUUGGUUCAGCUGAAAGUGAAACUUAUGACCAAGUUCUUGAUACUGUUUAUGUUGGUCCUGUGCCUGAAGGAAGACACAUGUUUGUAUUUCAAGCUGAGCCUCCACAACCCUCUAAAAUUCCGGUUGCAGAUGCUGUGGGCGUAACAGUUGUCCUGCUUACCUGUUCCUAUCGCAGCCAAGAAUUUAUUCGUGUUGGGUAUUACGUAAAUAAUGAAUAUGGCGAUGCUGAACUGAAAGAGAAUCCUCCCGCAAUUCCGCAGUUUGACAAACUAAUGCGAAAUAUUCUAGCCACCAAUCCUCGUGUCACACGAUUCAAAGUGGAUUGGGACGAUACGAAUAAGAGCGGCACUUCGAAAGGUGAACAAAUUGUGGAAAGUGAUGGUCAUCAGAAAAUGGAUGCCUCCAUAAUGGAAUCCAUGGACGUGAUGUAAAGCUGAAAAUGGAUCGCCUUGUGAACCUGCCACCUGAACCGCUCAAACCGGAGGAAUCCCAGUGCUGCGGCCAAGGAUGUCAGUUUUGCGUCUUUGACACUUACAAGCAAGAAUUGUUGAUUUGGCAAAGAAAGUGUAAGGAACUCGAAACUUGCCAAUUGGAGAAAAAUACUAAAAUGAAUCCAGAAACUUAUGUAGACUGUGUUAUUGAAAGUGUCGAACCAGUGUGCCCUAGUGUUUUUUUGUUCCACUUCAAGCUUCCGGAGAACCACUGUAUGGAGUUUAGUGCGAGCCAGCAUUUGAUAGCCCGCGAAAGUACGAGCAACUCAACCAUUUCCAGGCCAUACACUCUGAUCAGUUCACCCGGACUAGUGAAAAAAUUUACUGUCUUGAUAAAACUUUAUGACAACGGAAUGAUGUCCAACAUUAUCAAAAGAAAAUGGCUGACAGGAAAGGUAGUUUCUUGGAGAGGACCAAUUGGUCAAUGUGACUAUAAGCCAAAUAGUUAUCGUAACGUACUGAUGAUUGCGGCUGGAACCGGAAUUACCCCACUGUACCAAAUAACAAAGCUGAUUAUUGAUAACCCGGAUGACGAAACGCGCGUUUUUCUUCUUUAUGGUUGCAGAACGUACUCAGAAAUAAUUUUCCAACGUGAAUUUCAUCAACUGCAAGAUUAUUGGAAUUUCAAGGCCUGUUAUUUCCUCAGUGAUGAUGAGAAUCAAGAUGCUGAAACCCUUAAAAGACAUAACGAAGAAAUUAUUUAUCACAAGUUAGACGAGGAAACGUUGAAGGAGAUGAGUGUUAUCAAGCAAAGUGACAGUUUACGCGUUUAUCUGUGUGGAUCUAAAGCAUUUGAGAAAAAAAUAAUCGAGUAUUUGACUAAAAUUGGUAUUGAGAAAAGUUCCAUAAUCACUUUUUAGUGAAUACAAUUCUUGCUGAAU